CUUCCCGUUUCCGUGACCGGCAUAGAUAAUAAAUAAUAUGAAUGUUACGCAUUUACGAUUUAACAACUGUCGUUUAUAAUACUGAAUUCAGAACAAUAAUUCUAUUCGUGAUUUGUGGUGUGUUUACUGCAUAGAUAAUAAUAUAAGAAUAAGAAUUCCUAUAUUAUCUAUGGUUUACUGUCUACUGGCGUUGCUGCAAAACUCUCACGGGCAUUACAAAUACUUACAAUUUUUUGUCUUUGAUUUUCUUUUUGACAUUCUAAACCAGUCUGCUGAGAUCGUGUUCUAAAAGUGAUGUCUUCUCCUAAAGGUUCUACAUAGAUCUGUUUCUCAUGAUGGGUGUUAUCUCAAAUACAUUGAUCAACUGGAUAUGUGUAUCAUGUAUUAGUUCUUCAUUAACAUUAAUAUGGCUAAAGUACGGAAAGAGAAGAACUAAGAACUGUACCAAAGUGCUGUUAUAUGAACCUAUUGACAAAACAACUUGCAACUGUCUACAGUCAUUUACUGUAGAAUGUUUAUCUCCGAAUUGUUCAAGCUCUAAAACUAAAGAAAUUCUUUUGUGUUUAAAAAGCGCAAGAAAAACAAUGGAUAUUUGUAUGUUUGCCAUAUCUAAUAAGCCCAUUGCAAAUGAGAUUAUUGCUGCCCAUAAACGAGGAGUAUUGGUCAGGGUUGUAGUUUGUAAUUGUAUUUUAUUUGAAUCGAAAGAAAUUCAAAACCUUAAGAACAUUGGUAUUAAACUAAAAUACCAAGAAGACUUUAAAUCUAGUUAUAUGCAUCAUAAGUUUGCUAUUAUUGACUCUAAAUGGUUAAUUCAAGGUUCCAUGAAUUGGACACAUCAAGCUACCUAUGGCAAUUGGGAGAGUUCUAUAAUAACAGAUUUACAAAGUUUAGUCAUUCCAUUCACCAAAGGUUUUGAAAAAACAUGGGAAAAAACAAUUUUAAUUUCAUAAAUUAUCUGUAUUUUAAAUAUUCAAUUUAAGUUUAAUGUAAAUGAAAUAUAUUUUUCAUAUGUAAUGUGUUAAAGAAGAGUUAUUUGUAUUUUCUCAAACAUUUAAUUUGUUGUACCUGUUCAUAUUUGAAAAAGUACAUACCUUAAAAUUUAAACAAAGCCGUUUUUACUGGUAAAUAUUUCAGUACUAAGUUCUGCAUUGUAGAAACUAUAUACGAAAUUAUUAUCAAUAUGUAAUUUUACAUAAUAUUAAAAAUAAU